CGCAAUAACAAGAAAAACGCAAACGCAAAGAAUCACCAGUUAAAAAUUAGGAUAUCACACACACUAUAAAUAAUACCCAUCACUCUCUGAUAAACACAAUCAAUCACACCCCUCUCUCUCUCACAUUUUACACCUCUCCAUAUCACUCUCCCUCCAUCAUUCAUAGAUAUCACUCUCCUCCAUCAUUCAUGGGGAGGUCUGGGAAGAGAAAGAGAACCAGUCUGGAAAAAGAUCAAAAACGUGCGUUUGAUAAAAAGUUGGACAGAGAUUAUGAUGCGUUAAUGGAGACGGAAAAAAGAAGAACAAGAGAACUGAGGCAAGAAUUAGGUUAUGAAGAAAAGUUUGGGAAAGAAUCAGAAUCAAGUUCUGAUCAGUCUUUUAUUAUGGAAAAGACUCAAGAUAGAGAAGAAACCAUGGAAAAAGUUAGAGUCUUGGAGAAACAGAUUGAAGAACUCUCCUCUAUCCCCAAUUCUGAUACUAAGAAAAAUAGGAAGAAGAUUCAACGAAUAAAGAAAAGGAUCGAUGGCUAUAUGAAACAUCACCACGAUCUGGGCAAAGCUAUAGAGAAGAAGCAGAGGAAAGGACGUUAGAAGAAGAAGAAUGGAGAAAGAAGCGUAGUUGAAACUAGAAGAAGAACAUUGGAGAAACUAUAUGCGAUUGUAAUGAAAGUAGUUUCAUUUGCUUAGUAAAUAGAAGAAAGUUAAUAGAAAGAACUUAGUGAUGUGUACUAAAUACUGUUAAUAUCCAAACUAUUGUUCUGUUUGCAUUUUUUUUAAAUAUUUUGUCUUUUUCAUUUUGAUUUGAA